GCUAUAGCUGAAUUCGUGCAGACCAUAGCACCAUCAGUUAACGACCAACGAGCCCUCUGCGUUUGGCUAGAACCUUUUUACCUUGCCCCUCCAACCCCCUCCCAAUUUAGGCGCAACACCCAGUUAGCCCCGAUAUACAGCGACAUGGUUGAUUCCGAAAUGGGUAAUUACAAUGGCAUUCCAGGCCACGAGCGCUGAUCGCCAAAUGCAUUGGGAUAUUGGCUCGGUGUGCCUGAACGGAUAUGGGACUGCGGAGAGCGGCGCCGUGGCAGGGGAGACAGACAAAGGGCUGGAAGAGAUCUUUUUCCCAUCUGGCAUGCUUUUCGCGGAGGAUCAUCGUUGGCGAAAAGAGGUUGUGGUGGUGGUGAGAGGGGGGGUUAUGGGCAGCCCUGGUGACCUUGUCGCUUUUGGUCCGAGGAGUGGACUUUUCUAAUAUGGCAGGAUGGGGGGAAGGAUGAUGAUCAUGCGAAAUUUGGUGUCUGAGAGUGGAUGGGAAUGACUAAACUGGGCGAUUACUACGGGGUAUAUUGGACAAUGCUGGUACUAGUACUGAAUCCUCAUCGUCUUCUACCUG